AUGGAUGCAGUCAAGGGACUAGAGCAUGGAUUCAAGAAAACCAGAGGUGGAACUUCAGGUGUCAAAUCUGGUGUAGGGAGCACUGGUCCCAGUGAGGAGGAGCAAGGCCUGGGGCCUGGAUACAAGAAGACCAGAGGAGGAAGUCUAGGUCUCAAGUCUGGUGGAGAGAGUGCUGGUCCCAGUGGGGAGGAACAGGGACUAGGGCCAGGAUACAAGAAGACCAGAGGAGGAAGUUCAGGUCUCAAGUCUGGUGGAGAGAGUGCUGGUCUCAGUGGGGAAGAGCAGGGACUGGGACAUGGAUUCAAGAAGAUCAGAAGUGGAGGUUCAAGUGUCAAGUCUGGUGGAGAGAGUGCUGGUCUUAGUGGAGAGGAGCAGGGACAAGGGCAUGGAUUCAAGAAGAUCAGAGGUGGAGGUUCAAGUGUCAAGUCUGGUGGGGAGAGUGCUGGUCUUAGUGGAGAGGAGCAGGGCUUGGGGCCUGGAUACAAGAAGACCAGAGGAGGAGGUUCAAGUGUCAAGUCUAGUGGGGAGAAUUCUGGUCCCAUCGGGGAGGAGCAGAAAGUGGAAGAGGAUUCUGAGCAGUUUAAGGACAAUACCCCAGACCAAAGUUUCCAGCUGAGGUCACAGGAUGAGGAGAGGUCUCCUCUACCCACACCAUCCUCCAUGGAUGGACCUUCAUCUGGUAGCACCAGCACUCUGCUCAGCCCAACACCCAUACAGCCUAAGGUGAGCCCAAUGACUGCCUCAGCAAUAGAAAGGCUGGAGUCUUCAACCAGGCCCCUCAGCUCUCACAUCUACAAAAGGGACAGCGACUCGAUUCCUGUUGUCUCUACUUUCAAGGAUUGGAAGGAUGAGUUUCUCACUCAGAAGCAAGAGGAAGCUUUUAGAGAAUAUUUCAAGUUUUUCUGUGAUGCUGGAGAAAUUGACGUCCACAGCCUAAAGAACAUCCUAUCAAUAGUGGGGAUCUCCAGGACUUCGGCUGAAAUGGUUGAAGCGCUGAUGAGUGCUGAUGUGAAUUGUGAUGGACAUGUGGACUUUAGGGACUUCCUGACUGUUCUAACAGACACUCAGCGCUUCUGUCGAUCUGUGGAACAGCACACUAACCCUUCAUCAAAUGGUCGAAACCCUCAUACUCUACUUUUUGAAGUCCUUUCACAGUUGAUAGAGAUGCUAGCCUUGCCUGAAAACUUCAUGGAAGAAAUCACCAAUUAUUAUCAAAAGAAGAUGAAAGGUAUGUCAAGGUAUAAAGAAUCUCCUGUUACUGCUUCCCGACAACCUCAUCCCCACAAGAGAACCUUCUCCCGAACCUCAGAUAUUACCCCCCACGAGCAAAAAGUCAUAAACAUCGUGGACCGAAUCAAGCGGCAAAACCACUCUACCUUCCUGCAGAGCCCCUACUCAAUCCAGGGAGCCAAUCACUCACUGUGCCCCCGGCUAGACAGGAAGAUAACCCGCCGGAAGCAGGGGUCUCAUGUCAUUUUGGAAGAGUAUAAGCCCAUCGACCUAACCACUGACUUCAGGACCUUCUUCCAGAUGGGACCCAAGGGAGUCAGGGAUCUCAACCCCACUCUCCGUAAGUGGCUCACCUCAAUGUCAAGCCGCACCCACUAA